AUGAACCAGUUUUUAGUCCGAGGUGUUGGUUUUUUCAACGAUUCCUAUGACCUCUUUGUUCUCAAUGUUGUCAAUGUUGUGCUCACAGAACAAUAUGGCAAAGACGUCUAUACGUCCACGAUGAAAUCAUGGGUAUCUGCUGCCGCACUUGUUGGUGCCGUUGUGGGUCAAUUGCUAUUUGGGUUCUUGGGCGAUAUCUUUGGUCGUCGUCUCAACAUGAUUGCCACGUGCGUACUACUUGUCCUUGGUGGCAUUCUCUGCACAGUCGCCUAUGCCGGUACACCUGAAGCUACACUAUGGUUCAUGGUUGCAGCUCGUUUUAUCCUUGGCAUCGGUAUAGGCGGCGAGUAUCCGUUGGCUGCUUCAUCAACGGCUGAGGAUGCUACCUCCGUGGCCGACCGUAACCAACGUGUGUCAAUGACUUUCUCCUUGCAGGGUAUUGGUUCUCUUACUGCUGCUAUUCUCGGCAAUCUCCUCAUCCAAGCUCUUGCCAGUGGCGCUAAAGACACGAACGAUCCCUCGCGUCUUGAAACUGUGUGGCGUCUACUUUUUGGCAUUGGUGUCAUCCCAGCUAUCAUCGCGUGCUACUGGCGCAUCACGGCGGAAGAAACGGAUGCUUACAAGGCUGCUGAAGAACGUCGCCAGGCUGCUGCUGUAGCAAACCCAGCGACUGCUUCGCGUGCUCGUCUCACGUUCAUCAUUCGUCACUAUGGUGUAAGUCUUCUCGGUACUGCUGGCACGUGGUUCCUCUUCGAUAUUGUCUUUUACGCUCAGAACUUGUUCUCAGCUAGUAUCCUGUCUGUAGUUGGUGUUGAAAACGCUUCUCUGCAGGAGAUCACGACGCAGAAUGCUUUCGUUGCUCUCAUGGCUCUACCAGGUUAUUACGUUGCCGUGUACUAUAUCAAUCGUCUUGGUCGUAAGGUGAUCCAGCUUCAAGGUUUUGUCGUCAUGACUGUGAUGUUCCUCGUACUCGCCUUCUUCUGGAUCGACAUUAAGCAGAAGCCUGUGCUUUUCAUCAUCCUGUACGGUCUUGCCCUCUUUUUCUCCAACUUCGGUCCCAACAUGUCGACUUUCGUGAUGCCAACUGAGAUGUUUCCAACACCAAUUCGCUCGACGUGUCACGGUUUGUCUGCUGCUGCUGGUAAAGCUGGUGCUGCUAUAGGUUCAUUUGGUUUUUCCAUUUGGGUCGAGAAUGAAAGCUUUGGCUACGACGGUGCCUUCUACACCUUUGCUGGUAUCACACUGAUCUCGAUUUUACUUACCUGGUUUUGCACGUUUGACAAUGAGCAAGGCUUUGAUGAGAUGGAUGCUGACUUUUACCAGAAACUUCAUGGUGCUGAUGACUUUACACGUAAAUCCUUUGAGUCAGUUGCCAAGCAGAUAGAUGUAGAGAAGGAUAGUUACAAGUCUUCUAUAACCCCAUUGUAA